CCCGAUGUGCAUUGCAAGACAGUAAAAAGAUGAAUUUGUGGAAACUCCGGGAAUGUUAUAGUUGCCCAUCAAUUUAUUAAUCGUUAGCUGUCUAGCUUUUUGUUAGUAUUUUGCUUGUUGUUCUUUAGCUGUUUUCGGUUUGGGAUUGAUUUACUGAAAUGGAAGUUAUAGGAGAUGAAGGAGUGCAUGAGCUGAAGUACAAACCGGGGGGUCGUUUGGACAUGAGCCACGGUUUUCUUCAUCAUAUUCGGAGGAACCAGAUUGCCAGAGAUGAUUAUGAUAAAGAAGUGAAGCAAGCCAAAGAGCUUCAGCGUCACAGGCGCACCAUAACCCCCAAAAAACCUCGUCGACCUGACAUCCAGGUGUACCAUCCUCGACGAAGACAUGGUUCAGAGCCAGGAACCGUCGCUGAUGCUGAUGAGUGGAACGAAAGUGGGUCCGGCACAGAGACGGAAACUCACGGAACUGAGCUCUUCUGGCUUGAUUAUCAGGCGGACUCUGGUGUCAUUACAUCCUUUCUUGUACACAAGGAGGAUAAACCCAGGAAGGUGGUAGAUCGCGUUGCAGAGAGGAACAUCCUGGAUUCAGCCAUGCGGGCAGCUCUAGAAAGUCGAAUUCAAAGGGAAAUUGACAAACGACAAGACAAACAAUGAAUUGCGUUUUUGACUGUAGAUUAUGAUGAAAAAAAGACUACACGAAGAAGACCACUGCUACAUUUGCAGUUGAGUUCUUUUUCAAAGCUUUAAAAACUGCACUGAACUGUCAUCACAUGACUGUUGACGGUUGAACUACAAUCAAGCCAUUUUUUAAUUAUUUUUUUUUCUUAAAAGGAAAGACACAGCAAAAACAGUGUUGUGAUGUUUACAUCUGUUGUUUUUUUAAACUGUUUAUUGUUCAUUUUUACCACUCCGACACACCGGGGGAACACCAUCUAUGUUGAUAUGAACUGGAGUUUCUAAAAUCAACUAUGAAAAUGAGGUAAAAACAAAAGCAGCUCUUAACAGAAGAUCCAGGAGGGCAUUAUCCCCAACUAAACAACCCCUUUUGUUUUCCUAUACAUUUUUAAAUUUGUUUUUUGUAAGUCUUGCCAUCAGUUUAUUAGAGACAUGUACAGAAAUGACACAAUGUACAUAUGAGGUAACUAGUCGUCAGUGUUAUAAUUUAUUUUGGUUUGUUCAGAGUCUUUAAUUUUUGUCAGGGUUACUUUUUUGGCAAGAGAACUUGAAAUAUUUACAUAAAAGCCAUUUGAUGUUAAUGUUAUUUAAUUUUUUAUAUGGAUUUGCAAUGGAGAGACUGAUUGGCUCUGAAAUGUGAAUUUGUUUUUCUUAAUCUGUUGAUAUUGAAUACUUGUCAUAUCGCAAGAAAAAUAGCAAAGUUUUAAUUUGUGUAAAAAAAAUGUUUUUAUUAAGUCAAUCCCUUCAUCUCCCCAGCAGGUGGCAUCAUCUAGCACCUUCUGAUUCUGAUUUUUAUCUUCUGAUGUUAUCUGACAGCUUCCAUUUCUACUGUGGAUUGUUGUUAGUAACCAGUGAUGCCAAUUUUUUGUUAUUAUUUUUUUAUAAGUACACUUUCAGUAGGUAACAGGAGAGUUACUGAACAUGAACUGUAGGUUUGUUUCUAUCAAAAAAUCUUUAUUGUAUUUCAAUUUCUAUGCUUUUCUCCAAGUGUAAGCCUUUUUUUAUUAAAGAAAAACAGAAAUUA